GUGUUGGUAUAAUCCGGGGUGAAAGGUCAUCCCACCCUGAACUAACAUGGCUAGAAGAGGGCGGUAAUGCACCGUUCACGAGUGCCAACUGCCGUUAAACUAAAAGAAGAAGAAGAAGAAGACUAACAUGGCUGCAGCUUCAGUGUUUGUGAGGAGGGGAACAGGUCUGCGGGUCUCUGUGAGGACGGUGAGGAGGACGCUGGUGUGGUUGUGAGUGUGUGAAUGUUGAGUCUGCGAGGUUAGAGAGCAGAGCUGCACCGACCUGAUCAAUAAUCGAAGGUUAGUUUGUAAAGGUUACCUGAGAUCAGAGACUUCCACUGCUGCUUGAACUUUCACCCACAUCCUCCGCGAGCAGCAAUACGAGGACGCGCUCAAACAGCUGCUUCACAGACAGUAUGGUCAAUUUUUAUGUAAUGAAAAACAAAAAAAAAAGGGAAUUAAUUUUUGAAAACUACAGAAUAAAAGACAGCAGAGAACUUUUCACUGGAUCAGAGACAGGAGGAGAGGUUCUGGAUCAGGGCUCUGUCUCCUCUUUGUAGGUUCAUUUUGAUGAACUGUGUUUUCACAGAUUAUGGUUUUUGGAAAUGAUUUUGAGCCCAUGUGAUGAUUUCCACUUCAGAGUCCUGUCUGUUUUAAUGCUGAACAAUAUGUAGAGGUAGGGCUGGGCGAUAUGGGAAAAAGUUUAUCACGAUAUAUUUUUUUCAUAUCAGUCGAUAUCAAUAUAUAUCGAUAUAUAAAAAUGAAAUUUAACAGUGUUUACUGGUAACAUGUCUUUUCCAAUACAAUAAUCUACUUCAUCUGUGAGGUCUUUGUGUCUCUUUGACGUUUUGUCGUAAGGCGUUGCUCUAGAGAAAGUGGUUCUCAACUGGUCACUCUGUGACCCACAUUUUCCCACUUUUAUAAAAUUCAAACCUAGCAAUUUUUAAAAAAUAAAAAACCUUUUAAGACUCAAAUCUUUAACAUAAAUACAUGUUUUUUAUUGACUAAAGUGCAUUUCAGAGCACAUGAACUGAAGACGACAACUACUGAAGUUGCACAUAUGGAAAAUAUCAAAUUCGUCAAAAUGGGGACCAGGAAAAUGAAAAAUUUGUCUCAUGAGCAUCUCUGCAUUCAGAGCAUAUUCAGAAAAACCUGAGGAGGACAAAAGGGAAUAAAAAUCAAAUUAAACAAAAUAAGGUCGCUUUCACACCAGAGCUGUUUGGUCCACUUUAAACAGACCAGAGUUCGUUUCCUCAGAUAGUCUGCUUUGUUUGGGCAGGUGUGAAAGCUCAUGCAAACCCUGGUGCAGACCAAACAAGCGAACUCUGGUCCGCCUGAAAACGUGGGUCUCGGUUCGCUUGCAAGUGAACCCUGGUUCGGUUCGUAUGCGGUGUGAAAGCUCACUGGACUAAACACAGGACCACAUGUACAUAGUGACGCUAUACGAAAUACAUACGCAGUGCAUCUUGGGUAGAGGAAGCAUGGCGUCCCCUGUUGCUAUGGCAACAAGUGACCACUGACAUUAGCAGUUGCUAGCUAGCUUCGCUCAAUUGUCUGAACAACAAUAAACCAUAAAUUGGCAUAUUUAAACAAAAUCAAAUCACAACUACCAACAGUCACAGUCCUUAAACUCUGAGCUCAUAUGUUGUCACAUGUUAGAUCGUCAAAGUUAGAAAAAUACCAGGAUCAAUCCCUGACAAGCUACAAUAGCAUUAUAGGAACAGUUGUGUUCACUAACGUUGUAGCAUUCCAUAAAAUAAUGUGACAAAGCACGAUACAAGACGGCUAGUCCACCCCUGUUUGUGAUCCGUGAGGUUACAUACCCCUCCUACUUUGUCAAAUCGAUGAGCGCCCCUUUCAACCACGUGAUGCUGCUCGGAAAGUUCGGUGCGCUUUAGAAAUCACAGUGUGAAAGCAGAACUGAAACAAGUGAUAAAUGCAACAAUGUUGCAACUUUCAGCUCCCCAAUCGAACCGAGUCCGCUUGGUCAGGUGUGAAAGCGACCUAAAACAAAACAAAAAAACACAUUUUUACCGCAUUCAGGCCACAUUAAUAAGAAACCAAGGAGACCCACGACAAAUUGCGUGCCUUUCAAAAUAAGCUAUUUUUCAAAAUAAAAGACAUGUUAAACCUCAGAUGCGCAUUCAAUAUUUACUUUUUUGACCAGCUGUUCGUGACCCAUCCAGAAUGUGUCUGUGACCCACUUUUGCGUUGGGACCCACCAGUUGAGAACCACUGCUAGAGAAAGCAGACUGAAUGGUCGUCUGUUUCGGCUGCACAGGCGCCAUGGGCUCCUUGCUUCUCUCGGGGUUUGUAACCUUUUGCAUUGCGCCUGCUCUGGCGCUGCAUCAGGUGGUGAAAAAGAUUUUAGGUAUUCCCCGACUUUGUGAGAACAUGUACUCGACAUAAUUUACAGUCCACAUUACUCUGCUUCAUGUCUGACCUCAAAAAACCAAAAUACCUCCACACCACCAAUGUUUUCAUGCCAGUGUUGUCGACGAUGUCGUCAUCUGUUGAGCCUUCAUUGUCAUUUCUGUCGGGGGUAGCACUCAUUUUCUUUUUUUCUCACCAACAGUGCUGUCGGCUUCACCUGUUUAAGUGCUAUGGUUGGGUGUAGCUGCUGUCUGCUACUACGCAGUUGUUUAAUACUUGGUUCUAAUUCAGCACAUGACCGGUUCAGCGCGAAGCAGAUCCAGAGCAACUCCCCUUUUCAUUGGCUAUUUGUAUAGUCUACCAAAACAUUGCAGAUUGCUGACUAUUGUAAAGGAUAUUGACCAUGUUUUAUAGUAAUAUUAAGGGAAAUUAAUUUUCGAUAUAUAUCGUUAUUGUUUUAUGGCCCAGCCCUAUCUGAAUUGUUGAUCAGUUUGCAUUAAUCCGAUCUGGAUCUUCUGUGAUUUUUUUUUUUCAGUCAUGGCUCCACAGCUCUGCGGCACUUCAGCAGUCCAGCCCCCCCCCCCAGGUUAAGUUUUUUCCUGCAGCCGAGGGCGUCAUGCUGCCAACAGGAAGUUUCAAAGACAGGGUGGCGUUCAUCACAGGAGGGGGGACGGGCCUUGGCCGCGCCAUGACCACCACGCUGUCUCAGCUGGGGGCUCAGUGUGUCAUCGCCAGCAGGUACGAUUCCCACAGCUGAUCAGAGGUCAUGUGUCAUAUCUGCCUGUACUGAGUGAAGAUGUUUUUUUGUUCAGGAAGUUGGAGGUUCUACAGAAAACAGCUGAAGAGAUCAGCAACCAGACUGGAAACAAGGUGACCAGAACCAACCAGAACCUGGACUAGCACCAGGACCGAACGAACUGAACCAGACUAACUGUCCCUCCUGCUGUCCUUAGGUCCAUGUGGUUCAAUGUGACGUCAGAGAUCCUCAGGCCGUUUCUCGCUGUGUCGACCAGAUGGAAACUUUGACAGGACUUCCUGAUGUAACACGCACACGCGCGCGCGCACACACACACACACACACACACACACACACACACACGCACUCUUAUUUUGGUAGAGUUUUAUUUCCUCACUGUGACUAAAGCUGGUUCUCACAGAGACAUCGUAGUAUCCGUAUAAAUCUCACAGCCAAUCAGAGGGCAGCUUUGAUCAGCUAUGUCUGAUGUCAUCAAAAGUCCAGUUACAUCAUUACAGAAAAAGGUUGCAUUCAAGUUACCUCGGAAGUCAGAAGUCCGAGCUGAAAAUGACGUCACACCUGAGUUCUCGGCAUUUCAGUUACGGAGUCGGAAAAAAAAAAAUCGGAAACAAGAUGGCUACAUCUGCGAAAGUUAUUUUAGCGCUUGCCUUAUAUUUGGACAAGGCAAGCGCUAAAGUAACUUUCGUAAAUGUAGCCAUCUUGUCUCCGCCUCUGAUUUUACUUUUUUCCGACUUAAGCUGGGAACUUGGGUGUGACGUCGUUUUCAGCUCAGAUUUCUGACUUCCGAGUUAAGUUGAACGCAGCAAAAUCCUCAGCUUUUUAUUGAUGACAUCACACCUCACCCAUGCUCUGAUUGGUUCAGGUGGUCAUCAACAACGCAGCGGGAAACUUUGUUUGUCCGUCUGAACGCCUGUCCCUAAACGGCUGGAAGAGCAUCACCGACAUCGUCCUGAACGGGACCGCCUUCAUCACUCUGGAGAUCGGCAAGAGACUGAUCCAGAACCAGAAAGGUCAGAAACUUAUCCAGAACCAGACCAGAGACUGAUCCAGAACCAGACCAGAGACUGAUCCAGAACCUCUGAUUGAAAUGUUUUAUUCAGUGCCCCUCCCUCCCUGAUGGUUUUGUUGUUUUGAUUUUGUUUUGGAUCAGGUGCAUCGUUCUUGGCCAUCACCACCAUAUACGCUGAGUCUGGUUCUGGGUUCGUCGUCCCAAGUGCAUCUGCAAAGGCUGGUGUGGAGGCGCUCUACAAGUCAGUGUGACCUCUGACCUUUGACUUUUACACACCAUGAUCAGACCAGUCACAGUCAGUACGUUUCCAUGACACUUGAGAAAACCGAAUAAUUGCCUUACUCCGAUUAAGACUGGACAACUGAAGUGCAUGUAAACACCUUAGUCUGACUCCAAUCGGAGUUUGAGAACUCUGAUUGGAGUCGGAUAACUCCAAUUAAGACACCCAGAUAAUGCAAUUUGAUUUUCUCUACCAUGUAACCAGCAUAGUCGGAGUAUGAUCGGAUAAUGCAUGUGCGCCACACCCCCGUAACCCCGGAACAAAAACACCAGAGAAGAGGAGUAGCGUGCGUCUCAUCUGCAGAAAAAGUACCGCGUCCAUUGUGCAGGACAAAAACAAUGCUGUACGAUGCUCCAUCUUCUUGCUCCGAAAUGCCCAGCAGUAGUUGUAGACACUUCUGAUGUCUGGCACGGACCUGCUGUUGUUGUUGUUGACGGUUGUAUGGGGUCGGAAACAGCGGCACUGAAAAGACCCAUAUCGCCCUCUAGUGUUGGGGAGGAGGACACGUUCACAUCAGUAAUUCGAUUUUCUCAGUUGCAUGUACGUAUAUGCCAACAAGGAGAGAAGUCCGAUUCAGAGAAAAAAAAACGAAUUAUGAGCUUAGUCCGAUUAAACUGUGGAUGUAAGUGAAUUGAGUGAGCUCAGAUUAGACUGAUGGUUUGGAUCUUUCCUGGUUAAUAAGGACACUCCAGUGACUCCUAAAGGAGGCGAUAAAGGAGGGUCUAGUGUUUCCUUUGUUUAAGGAGAAACAGGAAGUUGAAGCUCUUUAUGACCACUUCCAUCAUGGCUGACAUUCAAACACCUCCAAUUAGAACCCUUCAAAAUAUAAUGAAUAAUUCAACAGUUAACCCCUGCUAACUAGCUCCAGAGUUUGUUACCAUGGUUACCAGGCAGGAAGUGGAACACUGAACACUCUUGUUUUAAUAAACAUGAAUCAUUUUACUGGAACGAGCUUCUUCUUCAGGUCGCUGGCUGCUGAGUGGGGUCGCUAUGGCCACAGGUUCAACAUCAUCCAACCUGGACCAAUCAAAACCAAGGUACUGCCCACCCACCUAACACCAACAGACAGUUCUUUCCUGGAGUCUUUCCUUUGUUUACCCGAUGUUUGAUUGUUUGUUUGUUUGGAUCAGGGGGCCUUCAGCCGCCUGGACCCCACAGGAGUCUUUGAGAAGUCGAUGCUCGGUCGGAUCCCGGUCGGACGUCUCGGGACGCCAGGAGAGAUUGCCAACCUGGCCGCGUAUAUGAGCAGUGACUACGCCACCUGGAUGUCUGGAGCUGUGAGUCCAAACUAAUCUAAAUUCACUAAUCUUAGUCCAGAUAAAGAUAGACUCUAAACUAGAUUAAGGCAGGCAUGAAAAUCUCUCACCUUUCUGCGAAAUUCGCCGUUUUGAAGUUAAAAAGGGUGACCUACAUGAAUCGUGUAGAUCUGAGGAGAGGGGGUCAGGGUCGGGAGAUUUUUUAUUUUUUUUUAAUUAUCAUGUGAUUGACUUAAUACGCAAACUGAGCACUUCAGAAAUCGGCCCUUUAAAUGACACUUGGACGGUUAGCAAAUCCUCCUGGCUGCUUCGCUGACGAGAACCAAUCUUAGGCCUAACUACGUUCCAAUCUUCCAUUAUUAAAAAGUGAUCAACUGGACUUGGUAUUGGAUCUAUUGAAAUGGCAUGUAUUGUUCUCCAGUCUGGCAGGGCAUACAUUGAUCUAAAGUGCAGGAUGUAAAGUCUUUAUUUUUUUAUUCAGUUUUUUUUUUCUCUUCAAAUGAUUAUUGUUCAUAUGGCCUGACUCAUCUAACUCAUUUAGCUUCUGUGAAAGUAAACUGUUUCUAAAUAAAACAUGGCCAGCACAAGAUGCGCGCGUGCGUGCGUGCGUGUGUAUGUGUGUGAGACUUGGAGUGUUUUUGGCGCCUCCUGCACAUCACGGAAACACAGUGUGGGUGGACAGAGCUCAAUAUUUUGUUGGGUUGCACAGUGUACCGGAACGUAUUUGCUCCGCACCCUUCUCACCUUUUCAACCCCUGACCCAUUUUCAUGCCUGUUAAAGACAGAUCUGAAACCUCCUUAAAGGCUGAUUAACAACCAGAUUUCGACCAAUAUUAAACCAGAUUUCAAACAGAUUUGAAACCAGAUUAAGACAGAUUUGAAACUAGUUUAAAGACUUAUUUAUGACCUGAUUAAAGACAGAUUUGAAGGCAGAUUAUAAGCAAAUUUAAAACCAGAUUGGAGACUAAUUUAAAAUCUGAUUAUACUGAUUGAAAACCACAUGUAAGGAUGAUUUGGAACUAGGUUAAAGACAGUUUAGAAACCUCAUUUAAGUCUGAUUAAAUACCAAAUUUAGACAGAUUUGAAACCUGAUUAAAUGCUUAUUAAAAACCAGAUUGAAGACUAACUUAAAAUCUGAUUAAAGACAGAUCUGAAACUAGAUUAAAGGUUUAUUUAAAAUAAGAUGGAGGCGAAUUUAAAACCACAUUAAAGACUGAUUUGAAACCAGAUGAAAUGAUAACCUGAGGCCAGAUUUCAGUCAAUGAUCCCGUUUUUGUUGUUUCAGGUGAUUCGGUUCGAUGGAGGGGAGUACGUAUCGAUGGCUGGAGAGUUUAAUGAGCUGAUUAAAGUGAGUGUCACCCUUAAAUGCUUCCCCCAGAAACACUUGAUGAUCUUAAGCAUGAGGAACAUGAACACUUAAUUCACUGUGAUGUUAGGUGUAUAAAAACAACACUAAGUGAGCACUUCAGGUUUUAUUGUUAACAGGAACAUACAGGACUUUAACGCUGAUGUCAGAAUCAUUAAGAAACACUUUAUUGGUCUCAGUAAUGUUUAAAGAGACUCUGCGGGUCUCUCUGCUCAAUGUCAGUCCUGUUUCUUUUCUGGGUUCUGGUGUGUGUUCAUGUGAUGACUGAGACUCUGAAACGUUCAGACUGAAGAUCUGAUCAGAUGUUUUUAUUCUGACCUGGCUGAUGAUGAUGAUGAAGAUGAUGAUGAUGAACACGUUAGACUCAGGUGUGUUUCUCUCUCUGUCAGGUAACACCUGAUCAGUGGAAGAUCAUGGAGGCCAUGAUCAGAAGCACCAAAGGAUCCUAAAUACUUAACCACACCCCCACUGGACCAUCCAACCAAUCAGAUCACAGUGUACAGGUGGGCGGUCUACCUGCUUAUGUUGCCUGAGAAUCUGACUGUCGCCUUUUAAGUUUAGACUUAACGUUCAAAGUUAAUUUUGAUCUUGACUUAACAUCGCAACUAGGAAGAACUGUUAGCCUGUUAGCAUGUAGCCGACUGCACAUGCUCAGUGUGAACAUGCUCAGUGUGAACAUGCUCGUCCACUUUUGAUAAUAAAAGCUGAGCCCUGACUCUGUUUGUGUUGUUUGACGAUAUGAGGUUUCCUCCAGUAAACACAGCUACAGUUAUGAGGUUUCCUGCUGACGAUGGUCACAUGUUGAAAUGUUGACUCCCUGAUGACCUUGGAUAUCCUCCUCACUUCAAAC